UAUUUUAGCCGGUUAUUAUAUAAAGCUUCAAUCUGCUUAUCUGGAUCAGAAGACAUCACUGCACCCUUAACUUUCACUCAGAGAAAGCAACUAUGUUUCGUUUCUUGCUACUAAUUUUAGCAGCUAUUUCCUCUGUUAGUUGCUUGAAAGGAAAAUGUAUGCAUAAUGGACAAGAACGUCAAGGAAUAUUCCGAACUGAAUGCAAUAUUUGUGUAUGUUUAAAAAAUGGCAAAGCAUUGUGUACGAAUAAUCAAUGUGAUUACGGACAGGGAUCUACUUGUAUCUAUCAAGGUAAACAUUAUAGGACAGGACAGACAUUUCAACAAUCAUGUAAAACAUGUACAUGCAAACCUAGUGGUCAGGUAGUUUGCAGCGGCAAUGAUUGUAAUAAAACAUGCACAUAUAAAGGGAAGCAAUACAAAAAAGGCGAUGAAUUUCAAGACGACUGUAAAAGAUGUAAAUGUCUUUCUACUGGCUACACUGAAUGUAUCAAUACCUCCUGUCAAUGCAAAUAUGAUGGUAAAGACUACAAAUAUGGAGAGACUUUCAAAGUUGAUUGUAAGACAUGUAUUUGUCAAACUACAGGAACAGUGAAGUGUAACAACGACAGAUGUGAAUGUUAUUACAAUAAUGUGCGAUAUCAAAGUGGACAAAAUUUCACUGAUGGCUGCAACACAUGCAAAUGUCUAAGUAACGGAACAAUUAAGUGUACUGAAAAAACUUGUAAAUGUUAUUACAGAGGAAAACUAUUUAAUGUAGGCGACAGAUUUACAGAAGGUUGUAGCACUUGUUAUUGUCAAAAGAACGGGCAAGUUAAAUGUAAAGACAACGUCUGUCAAUGCACGUACAAGGGACAAAUUUAUGUUACUGGACAAAAAUUUAAAGACGAUUGUAAUGAUUGUGAAUGUAAAGAUGAUGGAAACGUAAAAUGUGAUCAGAAUCCAUGUCGAUGUACUUACAAGUAUAAGGUUUAUGAAUUCGGAGCACAGUUCAAAGAUGGCUGUGAAACUUGUACUUGUAAAACAAACGGUAAUGUGAAAUGUAUAAGGGACAACUGUCAAUGCACAUACAAGGGACAAAUUUAUGUUACUGGACAAAAAUUUAAAGACGAUUGUAAUGAUUGUGAAUGUAAAGAUGAUGGAAACGUAAAAUGUGAU